AUGAGGUGGGACGUGGCCGUGUCACUGCCACAGGGCUCUGGGAACUCGCAGGGGUCUCUGGUCUCCCCAGGGUUUGUCCAGCUGGUCGGAGGGGACAGCCCCUGCUCAGGACGUGUGGAGAUCCGUGUCGGGAACCAGUGGAGCAGUGUCUGUGACUCAGCCUUUGGUCCCAAAGCUGCUGCCGUGGUCUGCAGGGAGCUGCAGUGUGGUGCAGCUCUGUCCCUGCCCGGGGCAGCUGCCUUCGGAGAAGCUGUGGGUGCCAUGUGGGACACAGAGCUGCAGUGUGUGGGGAACGAAUCCCAUCUCGCCUCCUGCCCCAGGGGAUCCCCCAGGGACCAGCCCUGCAGCCACAGGAACGCCGCUGGUGUCACCUGUACCCAGCACACAGGGUUCAGGCUGGUGAACGGCAGCACAGCGUGUGAGGGGAGGGUGGAGGUCCAGGUGCUGGGGACCUGGGGCACCCUCUGCGCCUCCCGCUGGGAUCUCCAGGAUGCUCACGUUCUCUGUCGUCACCUCAACUGUGGCUUUGCUGAGGCCCUUCCUGGAGGAGGGCACUUUGGGAGAGGAGCUGGCCCUGUCUGGAGAGACUCGUUCCACUGUGACGGGACUGAAGCCCAGCUGGGCCAGUGCCCAGUGACUGCCCUGGGGGCCUCGCCGUGCUCCCACGAGGACGAUGCCGCCGUCAUUUGCUCGGGCCCAGCUGAGCCCCUGUCCCUGCGGCUGGUGGGCGGAGGGAGCCGCUGCGACGGGCGAGUGGAGAUCUUCCAGCGCGGGACGUGGGGCAGAGUCCUGGAGGAGCAGUGGGACAUGCAGGAGGCCCGCGUGGUGUGCCGGCAGCUGGGGUGUGGGGAGGCAGAAGAAGCCUACAGCCCCCCGAAGGCUGAGAGAGGGACGGGUCCCGUGGGGCUGCGAGGGGUCCGGUGCACGGGGCACGAGGCCGCCCUGGCCCUCUGCAACACCUCCCUGCCCGAGAGCGCCCUGGGGGCAGGGAUUGCAGAGGACGUGGGGGUGGUUUGUUGGGGGAGCCGGCAGGUGCGGCUGGUGAACGGCUCUGGGCGCUGCGCCGGGAGAGUGGAGAUCUACUCCCAGGGCAGCUGGGGAACUGUCUGCGAUGACGGCUGGGACCUGCCUGACGCGGCCGUCGUUUGCCACCAGCUGGGCUGCGGGGAGGCCCUGGAGGCCCGUGGCUCUGCCUGGUUUGGGGCAGGCUCUGGGCAGGUCUGGCUGGACGGCGUGAACUGCUCCGGGGCUGAAGCUGCUCUCUGGGCCUGCCCGGCGGGGCCCUGGGGGGAGCACGACUGCGGGCACAAGGAGGACGCAGGAGUCGUCUGCUCAGAGUUCCUGUCCCUCAGGCUGGAGAACAGCACCAACUGCUCCGGGCGCCUGCAGGUUUUCUACAACGGGACGUGGGGGAACGUUUGCUCCAACUCCAUGACUGCCAGGACGGUGUCCCUGGCGUGCAAGGAGCUGGGCUGCGGGGACGGAGGGACCCUGGAGACAGGCCAGCCCUAUGGCAGACUGUCUGGGCCCAGCUGGCUGGAUCAUGUGGAGUGUGGGGACACACACAGCUCCUUCUGGCAGUGUCCCUCUGACCCCUGGAACCCGCAGUCGUGUGAUGACCUGCGAGAUGAGACCCACAUCACCUGUGAAGGGGCUGCAGAGCUGAGGCUGGAGGACGGCGGCGGGCGCUGUGCUGGGAGAGUGGAGGUGAAACUCCAGGGGCAGUGGGGGACCGUGUGUGAUGACUUCUGGGACAUUAGAGAUGCUGCAGUGGUCUGUAAGCAGCUGGACUGUGGGUCUGCUGUUGGAGCUCAUCAAUACGGACACUUUGGGGAAGGAUCUGGCCCCAUCUGGAUGGCUGGUGUUCAGUGUGUGGGCACCGAGUCUGCCCUGUCUGACUGUGCACACCCAGGAUGGGGUGAACACAACUGUGGUCAUGCUGAGGAUGCUGGAGUGACGUGUUCAGGGUUUGUCCAGCUGGUCGGAGGGGACAGCCCCUGCUCAGGACGUGUGGAGAUCCGUGUCGGGAACCAGUGGAGCAGUGUCUGUGACUCAGCCUUUGGUCCCAAAGCUGCUGCCGUGGUCUGCAGGGAGCUGCAGUGUGGUGCAGCUCUGUCCCUGCCCGGGGCAGCUGCCUUCGGAGAAGCUGUGGGUGCCAUGUGGGACAGAGAGCUGCAGUGUGUGGGGAACGAAUCCCAUCUCGCCUCCUGCCCCAGGGGAUCCCCCAGGGACCAGCCCUGCAGCCACAGGAACGCCGCUGGUGUCACCUGUACCCAGUACACGGGGUUCAGGCUGGUGAACGGCAGCACAGCGUGUGAGGGGAGGGUGGAGGUCCAGGUGCUGGGGACCUGGGGCACCCUCUGCGCCUCCCGCUGGGAUCUCCAGGACGCUCACGUUCUCUGUCGUCACCUCAACUGUGGCUUUGCUGAGGCCCUUCCUGGAGGAGGGCACUUUGGGAGAGGAGCUGGCCCUGUCUGGAGAGACUCGUUCCACUGUGACGGGACUGAAGCCCAGCUGGGCCAGUGCCCAGUGACUGCCCUGGGGGCCUCGCCGUGCUCCCACGAGGACGAUGCCGCCGUCAUUUGCUCGGGCCCAGCUGAGCCCCUGUCCCUGCGGCUGGUGGGCGGAGGGAGCCGCUGCGACGGGCGAGUGGAGAUCUUCCAGCGCGGGACGUGGGGCAGAGUCCUGGAGGAGCAGUGGGACAUGCAGGAGGCCCGCGUGGUGUGCCGGCAGCUGGGGUGUGGGGAGGCAGAAGAAGCCUACAGCCCCCCGAAGGCUGAGAGAGGGACGGGUCCCGUGGGGCUGCGAGGGGUCCGGUGCACGGGGCACGAGGCCGCCCUGGCCCUCUGCAACACCUCCCUGCCCGAGAGCGCCCUGGGGGCAGGGAUUGCAGAGGACGUGGGGGUGGUUUGUUGGGGGAGCCGGCAGGUGCGGCUGGUGAACGGCUCUGGGCGCUGCGCCGGGAGAGUGGAGAUCUACUCCCAGGGCAGCUGGGGAACUGUCUGCGAUGACGGCUGGGACCUGCCUGACGCGGCCGUCGUUUGCCACCAGCUGGGCUGCGGGGAGGCCCUGGAGGCCCGUGGCUCUGCCUGGUUUGGGGCAGGCUCUGGGCAGGUCUGGCUGGACGGCGUGAACUGCUCCGGGGCUGAAGCUGCUCUCUGGGCCUGCCCGGCGGGGCCCUGGGGGGAGCACGACUGCGGGCACAAGGAGGACGCAGGAGUCGUCUGCUCAGAGUUCCUGUCCCUCAGGCUGGAGAACAGCACCAACUGCUCCGGGCGCCUGCAGGUUUUCUACAACGGGACGUGGGGGAACGUUUGCUCCAACUCCAUGACUGCCAGGACGGUGUCCCUGGCGUGCAAGGAGCUGGGCUGCGGGGACGGAGGGACCCUGGAGACAGGCCAGCCCUAUGGCAGACUGUCUGGGCCCAGCUGGCUGGAUCACGUGGAGUGUGGGGACACACACAGCUCCUUCUGGCAGUGUCCCUCUGACCCCUGGAACCCGCAGUCGUGUGAUGACCUGCGAGAUGAGACCCACAUCACCUGUGAAGCGUUUCCUUCUGCAGGGACAAAGGCAGAAAGAGCCCCAGGCCCGGGGGCCGCCUGCCCAGGCUCCACCAGCUGCACAGACAGGGAGAAGAUCCGUGCGGUGGGAGGCGAGAGCGGGUGCUCGGGCAGAGUGGAGAUCUGGCACCGCGGCUCCUGGGGGACGGUGUGCGACGACUCCUGGGAGCUGCAGGACGCGGAGGUGGCCUGCAGGCAGCUGGGCUGUGGCCCCGCCGUGUCUGCCCUGGGCCAGGCUGCCUUUGGGGAGGGGACGGGCCCCAUCUGGCUGGAGCAGGUGGAGUGCCGGGGCACAGAGCCAUCCCUGCGGGACUGCUGGGCCCGGGCUGGGGACAGCGGGGCCUGCCGGCACAAGGAGGACGCUGCCGUGCGCUGCCGGGCUGCACCCAGCACGGCAGCACCGGCCCCCCGAGCAGAUCUCACUCCGGUCCGUCCGAGCAGCAGCAGGAGGAUCUCGUUGCCCAUCAUCUUCUGCAUCAUCCUGGGAGCCCUUCUCUGCCUGCUCCUGGCCCUCCUGGCCGGGCAAGCGCGACGCGCCAGGGCUGGGCGCAGAGGCUGGGAGGGAGCUCAGGAGCCCUUCCCUGAGGCCCUGUACGAGGAGAUCGCUCACAGCCCGCCCUGGGAGAAGCAGGCCAGGUCCAGCAGCUCUGACCAGCCUGUCCUGCCUGGAGAUGAGCCAGGGGAUGGCUAUGAUGAUGCCACGGAGGCUGCUGCCCCUGGGGGGGAUCCUGCCCCUGGGCAGGAGGGCUGGGAAAACCCCAGGGCUCCCGAGGAGGCAGCAGGGCCCAGGGAUGCCCCCGGAGAGAGCACGGGCUAUGAUGAUGCUGAAGAGGUGUUUGUGGCACAUCCCCCUGGGGACACGCAGGCUGUGACACCGCAGCUCAGGGCACACCAGCCCUUGAGCCCCGCGACAGGAGAGCCCGACCCUGCUGGGGGGGCAGCCGGGGGGGAGGAGAGGUCUGUGCAGCGGGGAGAGCCCUGA